AUGACUAUCAACUCUUGUGGAUAUACUGAGGAAGAGGUUCUGGAUAGGAGCAGAGAUGCCUCCUCUUCUUCCGUUGAGAGCUCCGAGUCCAAUGCUCCUCACAACUUUGACAACGAAGACGGGCAGCUGGAGCCUGAUGAGAGGCCUUCAAGAGAAGAGCAUCCUGCUCCGGGGGAUUCGUCCUUACCGCCGAUGAGUCUGGUAGACCUGCUGUUGCCAAGCAUCGCUGAUCUGCCAUACCCUUAUACCGACGACAGGGUACGUGUUCCGGCGGGACAUGAUGAUCUCUUAGCCACCGUAAGGGCUGCACUUGCCAUCAUGGACGAAGAUGACUUCGGCGACGACGAUGAAGAAGAGGGCAAUACCCAUGCCGUCGCUUAUCAUCGCAACGAGGUCCAAGGCCAGUAA